UUUUUCUUUCUUUUUGGCUUCUAGAGUAAAAUUGAGAAGAUACAAAAAAUGCAAGAAGAAUCUGCGGCCGGUUUCAUCAAGACUCAGUUCUUGAUGGAACAGAUGGUCUUCUCCCAAGACAGAUGUUACAGGAAUUAUAUAGAGAACAUCUUCCGAAAUAAGUACAACCCUCAACAAGCAGCUCAGCGCUCGGACAUUUUGCUGACCUUGGCCAAAGAGUUGACCUAUUAUGUACAGGCUUAUUUAAAAGGAGCAGCCGACCGCCUCUCCAAUCAGAUCCCCAUGAUCAUCCAGUUUUACGUUUUAAAACAACAUUCGGAACUGCUACAGAAGGAGAUGCUGCAGCUCCUGCAUGACAGAGACCAGCACAACGAGCUUCUACAGGAGGACGAAGAGCUCUCCAACAACAGGAAUUUCCUGAGCCAAAAGAAGAAGCGCUUGUCUGAUGGACAUGACCGGCUGCUGUGUUUUCUAGGUUCCACAAAGGAUAUCUAACUCAUAUAGAAUGAUAGGGAUAUGUAAGGGUAUUGGUGAGAUAGAUAGAUAGAUAGAUAGAUAGAUAGAUAGAUAGAUAGAUAGAUAGAUAGAUAGAUAGAUAGAUAGAUAGAUAGAUAGAUAGAUAAUUUUUUAUUUACUGCUAUGUUCAAUUAUAUACAGGAUAUGUAUGGGUAUUGGUGAAAUAGAUAGAUAGAUAGAUAGAUAGAUAGAUAGAUAGAUAGAUAGAUAGAUAGAUAGAUAGAUAGAUAGAUAGAUAAUUUUUUAUUUACUGCUAUGUUCAAUUAUAUACAGGAUAUGUAAGGGUAUUGGUGAGAUAGAUAGAUAGAUAGAUAGAUAGAUAGAUAGAUAGAUAGAUAGAUAGAUAGAUAGAUAUUUUUUUAUUUACUGCUAUGUUCAAUUAUAUACAGGAUAUGUAAGGGUAUUGGUGAGAUAGAUAGAUAGAUAGAUAGAUAGAUAGAUAGAUAGAUAGAUAGAUAGAUAGAUAGAUAGAUAUUUUUUUAUUUACUGCUAUGUUCAAUUAUAUACAGGAUAUGUAUGGGUAUUGGUGAAAUAGAUAGAUAGAUAGAUAGAUAGAUAGAUAGAUAGAUAGAUAGAUAGAUAGAUAGAUAGAUAGAUAGAUAAUUUUUUAUUUACUGCUAUGUUCAAUUAUAUACAGGAUAUGUAAGGGUAUUGGUUAGAUAGAUAGA